GUUUAUUGUGCUGUGCUGUGUUCGCGAUUGGAAAAUAAUUAAUAAUUAAUCAAUUACUAAUAAAAAUACAUUUCGGGGUCUUAUCAAUUCAUAUUAAAAUGCCAACAAACACUUCCAUGCCAAGUAUUGCUUUAGAAAACGGAUUGGAUUUGAGACAACUUUGCACAACGGGUUCAAUACUUCACAUAAAUGACGAUUUAGAAGAGGGUCACGGUUUAGAGACAGAGAGAGAAGAUGCUAGAACUUUUGACCAUAUUGGACAACCUGUAAAAUGCUUGAAAACCUUAGAGCAGCAAUUGACUCCUGUGGAUUCGGAUGGUUGUGUCAAAAAGAAGAUUCUGGAACAAGGAGGCGGUUUCCCACUUCACGAGGGUUGCACAGUCCAUAUAGCAUACACUGGGUUCUGGGAAGAUGUGGAAGAACCAUUUGAUGUUCGGAAAAUGCACAAGCCAUUGGUAGUGGACUUAAAGGACAAUGAUUUGUUACCAGGCCUACAAAUCGCUGUCAACUCAAUGCUGGUUGGGGAAAUGUCAGUUUUCCUCCUAUCCUACAAAGUCAUGUUCGGGGAGUUUGGGGUCCCGCCUCGAAUAAAACCAAAAGCAGAUUGUGUAUUCUACAUCAAACUCAUUAAAAGCAUUCUGACUCCUGUUGAAGGCGAUAUAAACUACACAGAGCCCAACAUGUUCCAGCGAGUUUUCAGCUCAGUAACUAAACUCUAUAGUUCUGGCGUCACCUUACAUAAAUCUAAAAAUACAAUGGCUGCAGUCCACCUCUUCAGGAAGUCGAUUGCCAUGCUGCACAAAUGUCGGUUAGCUAAUGAUGAGGAGGAAAAAAAACAAGAGAAAAUGCUGGUAAAGCUGUAUUUGAAUCUGGCUAUUUGUUCCAAUGCUUUGGAACAACCAUUGAAGGCUUGCAUUGCUUGCAAUGAGCUGAACAGACUAGAAAGCCUAUGGAACAAUAGUAAAGCUCUCUUCCAACAUGCUAAAGCUUUACGAAUGAUCGGUCAGUAUGAUGCAGCGGAAAAAAGAUUGCUAAGAGCACAGAAGUUAUGUCCGGAUAAAAGUGAGAUCAAAGAAGAAUUACUAUUACUUGAGAAAACUAGAACUAUCUGUGAUCAAAACAAAUUGAUAGCUAAGAACUUUGUUCACCCGUCUCUGGAAUUAGUGAGCGAAGAUUUUAAAAAGGAGGUAGAUACUUUGAUAAAGAAUUUUAAAGAGAAUGUCAAUUUGUGCAAACUGACACUGCCGGGUGGUUUGAAUGCUGAAGAAAUAAAAUACGUAAAGGAGGCGUGUAUAAGAGAAAAUUUGUUUUGCAGUAGGAUAGAGAAGGAUAUUGCGUUAGAUAAAACUAAUGAAAAAGAAACUGAAGAGGGUGAAGUGUCACUAGGUUUGUCAGUUUGUCCGGACAGCAAUACCAGUGAAUCGUAAUGGUAGGCAUGUUUUUAUACUUUUUAUACGUAGCAUAAUUUAUUUCGAGGGGACGUAGGUGCAUUGUGAUAUUUGUGAUCCUGAAUUUCGGCCAUACCAAGGGCACACUUACAAGUUUUACAACCAACUAUGUACUGAGAGAGCUAGAGAUAAAUGAAUGACAAUGUCCUAUGUUCAAAAUGUUCACAUCAUAACGGUUCGCUACAGGUCUAUAUUUAAUGUGCAUGUAGGGAUAUCGAACACAUUACAAUAUACUGUAUCACACCACAGUUCAAAUCAAAUGCAUUCCUUGCUCUUGUAGUAGGUACGUAAAUGACAUGUCUUAGCACAAAAAACUAGUACACUGUACAAGUUGUACAACUGACAAAUUUGCAAUAAUGAAUAUUAUGAUUUUGAUUAAAGCAUGUUACAAUCAUCUAGAAAACACCAAAAUCAAAAAUUAUACAGGGCGUGAACGCCUGGUGCGAGUGCGGGUACCAGCUUAUUUUGACAUUAAGUUUUCGAUUUAGUCAGGCACUCCAACAAUUUCUAUAUCUAUUGAUUUAA